UGACACCUAAACUUCACAGGGCUUGGGGGCUUGAGCAAAGCCAUGGGCUCCCGGGUCCUACAGCUCUAUGCAGUCCUCUGCCUGGGAGCCUCCUUGGGAUCUGGCAACCCCAUCAUGAGUCUGGAGGACUCUCCCCUGGAAGAAGAUCUGCCCCUGCUUGACGAUGUUUUUUCAGAGCAAGAUGGUGUUGACUUUACUACUCUGCUACAGAGUGUGAGAAAUGAAUUUCUGAAGACAUUGAACUUGUCUGAAAUCCCUCUGCCCAAUUCAGCCAAGGUCGACCCACCAGAGUACAUGUUAGAGCUAUACAACAGAUUUGCAACUGAUCGAACCUCAAUGCCGUCGGCAAAUAUCAUUAGAAGUUUCAAAAAUGAAGAUCUGCUUUCUCAACCAACCAGCUUUAAUGGACUCCAAAAAUACCAACUCCUCUUCAACAUAUCCAUCCCUCACCAUGAAGAAAUUGUCAUGGCUGAACUCAGGCUCUACGCCCUGGCCCAGAGAAGCCACUUGCUAUAUGAUGGAGUAGAAAGAAAAGUGACCAUUUUUGAAGUGCAAGAAAAUGAAGGAGAGGAAAGAAAAAUGCUGGUUUUGGUGUCGGGAGAGAUCUACGGAACCGGUAACGAGUGGGAGGCUUUCGAUGUCACGGAUGCCAUCAGACACUGGCGAAGGUCAGGUUCUACUACCCACCGGCUGGAGGUUCACAUAGAGAGCAGAAAUGAGGAGGCUGGACUUUCAGAGAGAGGUCAGCUGGAAAUUGACAUCAGUGCUCACAACAAUCAUGUGCCUUUACUUAUUGUGUUUUCUGAUGACCAAAGCAGUGACAAAAAGGAGGAGAAAGAGGAGCUGAGUGAAAUGAUAGAUCACGAGGACCUUCUGGAACUGGAUGACCUAGAAGCUGAUAAUUUCCAUGAUGGCCCUGGGGAAGAAGCUCUAUUGCAGAUGAGAUCCAACAUUAUUUAUGAUUCUACUGCCCGGAUCAGGAGAAAUGCCAAGGGGAACUUUUGCAAAAAGACUCCACUUUAUAUUGACUUCAAGGAAAUCGGUUGGGAUUCCUGGAUCAUAGCUCCUCCAGGAUAUGAAGCAUAUGAGUGCCGGGGGGUUUGUUCUUACCCUCUGGCAGAGCACCUCACACCCACAAAGCACGCCAUCAUCCAAGCGCUAGUCCACCUGAAGAAUCCCCAGAAAGCUGCCAAGGCUUGCUGUGUGCCCACCAAACUGGAUCCCAUCUCCAUUCUCUACUUAGACAAAGGGGUUGUCACCUAUAAGUUUAAAUAUGAAGGCAUGGCUGUGUCAGAAUGUGGCUGUAGAUAGCCAAUGAGAAAGAAAGGAAUCAUAUGCACGGGUAGCAUCUUCAAGAACUGUAAAUUUUGUACAUUUUGAGUGCCUAUUUAAUAAAAUUAUUUAAGAAGGGGUGUACAGAAAACAGAAGGGGACUGCCUCAGAAGAUUAGGUAGGUUGGUGGGUUGUAGAAAAUGUAUAUUUUGCUAUUCAGCCUGCUUCUUUCUGGGCGGAUUUCCUUGUAAUUUGCCAUUUCCAGGCAACCUACCUAGAAUUAAAAGUGGCACAUCCAAAUGACAAUUUCUACACAUUCUCUAUGCAAUGUCUCACAUCACAUAUGGCUCCCCAAUCAGAAAAAUAAAGCCAAUAUGUACAUAUACAUGCAUAUACAUGUAUAUACAUAAGCACUUGUAUGUAUAUGUCGAUGCCACAAUACUUCAUGACUUCGUCAGUGUGUUUCCUCCAUUGACAUAUAUCUCAAAUGCCUCUACAUCUUAAGAGAUGUUUUUAUUAGUUGCUAUGGCCAAGAAAAUUCAUUAUUGGGUGGAUAGUCAUCUAGAAUUGAGCCUCCAGUCACUUAGCUAGCCUGGUCCUUGGGCAGCAGUCAGAAUCCAUCACUGGGCUCAUAUUCAAAGUCUUUCCAGUUUGGUAGGACUUGCCAAUGUCUGUGUUCUUCAGCUUUCAAGAACCCAAAAUCACUUUCACAGCAGGAGUAGAUAUCAAAGGAUUAUAGUGAUCAAUAUAUGUGCAUGCAUGUGAUAUGGAUAUGGAUAUAUACACUCAUGCACUCAGCAAAAUAGCAAAUUCACAGUAUAUCAUAGAUGAAAAGGACCUUAGAGAUCAUCUAAUCCAAAUCAACCACUUUAUAGAUGAGAAAAUUGAAGCCUAGAAAUGCUAAAUGGUUUGCCCAACGCCACACAGAUAUAAUAUAUAUCUAUGUAUAUACGUGCUUCUAAAAAGUUUCUAUAUUAGAGCACAGUUUUUAUUUCUAUCUCAAGCUAGUACAAGCCAGGGACUGAAAAAAUCGAUACAAAAUUAUAUCACCUUAAUCCCUUAUGAAAAAUGUAGUUUUUUUUUCUCAAAUGAUAACUUUUUCACCAUUCUUUUGUCCUUCCCUCUUGUGGAAGGGCCUAGUGAUGAUGCGAAGUAUUUGUAUCAGGGAGGUGGUGUUUGAUAGGGAAGUCACUUGACUUAGAGAGUUAACCUAGAACCCACAAAACAGUAUUAAUGUACAAAUGAUGGGAUUGGUUUGACAGGAUGGCAUUUAGUGAACAUAAGGAAAAAGUAAAGAACUUGGAGCUUAUGUUUAGACACCAAGACCCAUCCCCAGGGCCACAGGCCCAGUAGGAAUUGUAUUUUGUCUUUCACAAUCCCAGGAGAGCAGAGUCCCUGGCUGGUAUCUGCUUGUCUGGGCAUUUCAUUGUGGGCUGGAGACUUUCAAAUGUAGGUUAAGCUAUGAGGUGGCCACUGAUGAGAACAGUCUUUAGGCUACUUCAUAGAUUUGUUCCAGAGGCCCCCCACUCCAGUAAGGUCACUGAACAGGGAAGGCAGAAUCUCUCAUAAAGGUGUGGAAAACUGGAAUGAUGAGUAGCUAAACCCAGGACAUCUCUAGAAGUUUAUGUAAGUCCCUGAUAUAAGCUUAUUUUGUUGUGAUCUGCCUCUUCCUGGUAAACAAUAAAUGCAGAAAAGUAUGAUUAAUUGAGGGUUCUAGUGAACUGUGAUGCAGUUUAUCUUUGUUUUUCUGUUAGUUUGGUGACUUCUCUAGAGGGAGAAAAGGAAAAGAGCUCUCCACAUAAGCUUUGAAUGGAAACAUCUGUGAAGUUCCUGCUACCCACCCCCACCACAUGUGUAGUGGUGUCACAUGCCAUGUUUCCACUGCUCUUCUGCGACAAAUGGAGAUGAUAAGAAGGUGUCAGAGCUGAAAAACAAUAGACCCUUCACUUUAUUUAUACUAAGGUGCAAAUUUGUCAGAUUCUUGGGAAAGUCUAACUGCCUGAUGAUGCCUUCUCUGGUCACCGUCAGCUCCUACUUCAUUCAUCCAUGUAUACGCUGUACAUUUUUAUGGUAAAAUUAUCUUUCCUGGAAGUGAUAAAGGACUAUCUCUGAAAAAGCUAAUUCUAACCAUUCAUGAGAAUCCAUAUGAAAAAACUAUCAGCCCGUAGCUAAAAUACCCAAGUGAAUUCUUCUCUUCUCCCCACUAUUUAUUGAUGUAUUUAUUGUUGUAAUAUACUGUAGAAUACUAAAUGGUUUAUUUUGUUUUGUUUUGUUUGUGAUUCACACUUGGGGACAAAAAAAACUUUUAUGGAACACAUCAGAUACUAGGCAAAACCUUUCAAACAUUACCCUCCCUGGGUGGAUGAUGACUCAUUUAUGGCACGUUGUUGCCUAGAAUUUCAUCUUUUCUCACUUUGUAAUUUUAUUAUUUUUGGCCAAUUUCACAUAACACCAUCUACUUUGCAUGCUAUCAGUCUCUUGAAAUAUUUUACAUUUUUGGAAAUAGUGCAAUUGAACUCAAGUGGGAAGGUUAUAAAAAAGAUUAGCCAAUAAAUGUAGAUUGUCCUAUUGUCUCAUACCAAUAUGUUAUCAGACUGUUCUAUCUGUAAUGCAGUGUAACUGCUCAAAUAACACAUCUCAAGAAGGAGAAACAAACACUUUAGGACUGGGAGCGGAUCCUUUGGGAGAAGCUCAUCACUGAGUUGGCUGAAAAAUGAUGCAUUUUUCAGCCACGGAAAUUCUUGAAGACCAUCUACUGAGUCAUAAAUGGGUUGUAAUCUGCAUAGGUGGAGAGAAUCAGUGAAAUUGCAGAUUACUGAUACUUGAAAGUAAUGUAUAUAUGAAUAGAUAUUAGAAUGUGCACUGACUAAUGUCAGUAUUUAGUAGAUUCAGUCCUCAAGGGUUUAUGCUUUCUUCCCCAUCUUGCUGAACUGGCCAGUCAAUCAACCCAGGGCUUGACUGAAUGAUCAAAAUGACUCAUCUAGUGACAUCACAUAGAUGUGGCCCCAACAUGUUUAAUUUACUCUCAGGACAGACCUUAUAUUAUGUACCCUGGGGCAAAGCUAACUGAAAACCUCAAUCCUGAGAUGUCGGUAUCCAUUAAGACAGGCCACAUGCGGCUUGUAGUACAAUUUAUGCAGCCCGCCUACAUGCAUAGAAAUUUACAUGCUUUAGUAAAGG